AUGACUGGCUUAGUAUUGAAUUUCGCAACAGUUAUGAAGGCGAAGAUAAAGGCGACAGUCUACCACUUACUGGCUGGCUCUGACGGGUCUGCUGAGCUAGAAGCCGAGAACUCUAUGUUCCCGAACCGCUGUCAGAGGUUGAAGCCGUAUUCCCAUGAGUUAGAUUUGCUCUCAAGCUUCAGGAUGGGCGGAUGCACUUAUUUAUCUAUAUCUCACGUGCCCAAAGUAAACGCUAUGCAUGAUGGAUUUGGAACCAUGGAAAUAAAAACUCUUGGGUGCUCGCAGUCGACAAAACUCAUACCCGAUUCACGGGCUCGGGAUAAGAAACGACUAAUAUUCUUAUCACCUGAGGGAUUUCGGGUGCUCUACGGAUCUAUGGCAGUUGGAGCGUCGGAGCUCGUCUUCCUCUUGGCAAUUGCAACAUGCAGCAGUUCCGGUGAGCGUCGACUCUCGUGA